AACCUGACAUAAUGGGUCUAGCAAGAGUCCUUGUCGACAUUGUUGGUGUAUCGGCCGCCGUGAAAUCGGUGUCGACGACACUGGUUAAAGCGGAAGCUGCACACCUUACCCAUCACGUCAAAACCUCCAGUUUACUGAAUCCCACCAAGACAACCAUUCAACAGUCACCUGCUGCCGCCUCUCAACCCAACACCGUUGAAUCUCGGUCCGAUACCGCCAAUCUUAAAGAAUCUCGUCAGAAUGACUCUUAUAAUUACGAAAAAACAGCUAGCGUACUGCUGAACAAAGAGAUAAACCAGUCUAGCUCCGAAACUCAACCGUCAUUUGCUAAAGAAAGCAACGAAUCGGUAGCCUAUUCGAACCCAUCCGUAGAAACCGUAAAACGUAAUGUCAAAGCAGAGACAGAACCGUUGAUAAAAGAAACUGUCGAUGUUCACUCAACACAAGCGCCACUUGCUGCAGCCCAAGAAACAUUGUUAGACGAAGCAAGUGGCAUUGGUGGGACUGUGCCAUUGGAUGAAGAGAGCCAGCGACGUGUUUUGAAGUCUUCACGGAUACCUACAUCACGCACCAGUCGCUUAUGGCACUAUGGAUCAUUGGCGACCACCAUGGGCUUUGGCGCGAUGAAUGAAUCUUUGAAACGAAUGACUGGCAUAUCGAAGGCGGAAGGAGGCGUUAUGCUUAGUGAAAAAAAUGUAGAUAGACUGGUGGAAAAAUUGUCACAAAUGAGAGGAGCUGCGUUGAAAAUGGGACAGAUGCUAAGUAUUCAAGGUAUUCAGGCCGCCAAUUCCGGUCAGUCCAUGCUACCACCUCAGCUAGAACAAGUCUUGCUCCGCGUUCACGAUAGUGCAAAUUAUAUGCCAGAAUGGCAAAUGGAGAAAGUCAUGAAGGAACAACUGGGAAGUGAAUGGCGCUCAAAUUUCAGUUCAUUCGACCCUAUACCAAUAGCGGCUGCCUCCAUCGGCCAAGUUCAUGCUGCUACAUUAGCAUCUAAUGGAAUGUCGCUUGCUAUUAAGAUCCAAUAUCCAGGCAUCAGUGAAUCCAUUGAUUCAGAUCUAAACAACUUAAAGACGCUUGUGACGUUCUCAAAUCUUUUACCAAAAGGUCUUUACCUUGACAAUACAAUUCGAGUGACCAAACAAGAACUCGCAUGGGAAUGUGACUAUGUCCGUGAAGCAGAUAAUGCUGUGCGGUUCAAGACUUUGCUAAACGGCGACGAACGCUACAAGGUCCCCGCCGUUGUCAAGGAUUUGAGUACUCGGAUGGUUUUAGUUAGUGAGCGACUACGAGGCCAAGUGCUAAGUAAAGCACUUACUGAACGACAAGAGCUUAAAAACAAGCUCGGUGAAAACUUGCUCCGCUUAUGUUUACGUGAGGUGUUCUCCUUCAAGUUCAUGCAAACCGAUCCCAAUUGGUCCAAUUUUUUCUACAAUAGGCAAAGCGGCCAGAUCGAGUUGUUGGACUUUGGAGCUUGUCGAGAAUUUCCUUCGGACUUCCUUUCAAAGUAUGGUAAAAUUCUAUUGUCUGCGUCACGAGGUGAUCGAGAAGGUGUUUGGCAAUAUUCCAAGGACCUAGGCUUUGUCACUGGAUACGAGACGGCGGUCAUGAAAGAAGCUCACAUCGAUAGUGUUAUGGUGCUGGGAGAACCAUUCAGAAGUGACGCUCCUGAACUAUAUGAUUUCUCGACGCAGACCGUCACUGCGCGGGUGCGGGACACUAUCCCUGUGAUGCUACGACACCGACUUACCCCGCCUCCCGAUGAAACAUACGGAUUGCACAAAAAGCUGUCAGGCGCCUUCUUACUGUGCACCAAGUUGAAUUCAGCUUUUGAUACGAAAAGAGUUUGGAAGGAAGAGGUGCUGGAUCAUUUCCAAGCGGAAUAAUUUUUGUAGUUAUGAUAAAAAAACCAACAUAGAAAUAAACACUUGCCAUAUAUUUUGACUGUGGGGGUAAAGGGUUUUCCACAAGCAAGAACGGCCAACUUGCCCAAAAUAGAACCAUGGCAUUUCGGCUCCUCUUCGUC